UCUGCAACUAAGCAGUUUCUCGCAUGUGGGGAAACAUUUCUGAUUGAUUUUGAAUUUAAACUCUCAAAUUUACUUAAAAUCUAUAAACCAAUCGAUUUAGAGUUCAUUGGCCGCCGUAUCCUUCUAUGCAGCAAAGUCACUGUGCCAGGCGAGUUAACCGUCAGCGAUUGGAGGGUGUGCUUUCCUACAAUUUGUGCAAAUUCCAGGAACCUAAUUACCCGCUAACAACUGUUCUGAUUAUUUGAGAUUGUUGUCAUCAUGUCUCUUUCUCAGCACGAAGAAGGGACACAAUUAGACGACUUUAUGAGUCUUGGUGACUUUCUUUUCCAAAGCUGUGGCCAGUUCGACAAGGCAAUCGAGAUCUAUAAAAAGUGUCUGGAAGUGAUUUCUGGGGACAGAAAUAUUGAAAUCGCAAUCUACCAAAGAAUAAGUGCUGCCUAUCAGGCUAUAGGUGACUUCGACAACGCAGUUGAGUACAAUAGAAAAUGCGUUAGUAUCGCAACCACAGAGAUUGCAAGCAGUUACACUGAAGGACAUGCUUGUAGAGAUUUGGCAUGUAGUCUCUAUUUAUCAGGGAAGUUAAAAGAAGCCGUUGAAUAUUACGAAAAAUCGCUUACCAUACUUGUGCAUAGUGAUGAUAAAGACACAAAGGGAAAGAUUUACGCAGAGCUAGGAGUUGUCUACCAAUCGCUACAACAAUACCAACAGGCUAUUGAAUGUAAUACAAAGUGCCUCUGCAUCGUGAAAGAGAUAGAGAAUAAACAAGUUGAGGGUACAGCUCACGCAAACUUAGGGAUGGUUUAUGAGGCAAUAGGCAAGUAUACCGAGGCUGCCGAGCACUUCAAUAAGAGACUUGCUAUUGCUAAGGACAUGGGAGACAUACAAACGGAAGGAAAAGCAUAUGGUUACUUGGGAGUCAUCUCUCUAUCGUUAGGAAGAUAUCAAGAGGCAAUUGAAUAUCACCAGAAACUUCUUCAUGUCGCCACAGCGAUAGGCGACAAAGAUCAAGAAGGAAAUGCAUAUGGAUAUUUGGGCGAAGCAUAUCAGUCUCUAGGAAAGUACUACGAGGCCAUUGAGUAUUACGAGAAACGACUCGUCAUUGCGAAAGAAAUAGGUAAUAAGCAAGGAGAAGGCAAUGCUUACAGCAGCUUGGGAAAUAUCCAUAUAUCACUGGGGAAAUUCGAGGAAGCUCUAGAAUUUCAGAAAAAUACCCUUGAUAUUGUUACAAUGAUAGGCGAUAGAAAAGGAGAAGGAACAACGUGUGGAAACAUAGGAAGUACAUAUUUUGUCCUACGCAAAUACGAUAAGGCUAUAGAAUACCACCAAAAACAUGUCGACAUUGCCAGCGAACUUGGUGACAAGCAAGGAGAAGUAGUUGGAUAUGUCAACAUAGGACGUGCAUAUUCAAGUUUGGGUGAAUAUCACAAAGCAAUUGAACUCUGCGAAAAAAGUCUUGACACAUCUGUUGAGAUUGGUGACAAGAAAAGACAGGCAUCAGCCUAUGGGGUAAUGGGAGGCGCACAUCUUCGUCUUGGAGAGCUGAAAAAGGCAAUGGAAUAUUACAAAAAACAACUCAACAUUGCAGUGGAACUUGAUGAUAAGGAAAGUGAGGGAAAGACACACAAUGACAUUGGUAAUGUCUACAGAAUAGUACCCGAUAAAACUGUUGACAAUGAUUUUCUCUACAAAGCUAAAGAACACUUCGAGAGGGGCAUCCAAUGCUUUGAAGAGCUGUUUGAUAAUUUAAAAGAGAAAGAUCAAUUCAAGAUUUCCAUUUUCGACACAUUUAUCCAGGUUUACAAGAAUCUGACUGAGGUUUUGAUAAGGGCAGAAGAUAUUGAAGAAGCUUUGUUAGCUUGUGAACGUGGUAAAUCUCGAGCGUUGGACGAUCUUCUAAGCAUGAAAUUUACACUAAAGGACAUGGCAACAAGAGAUUUGCUAAAUCUUGGUGAUCCUCAAAAGAUUUCUUUGACUCGAGGUGUUGGUAUUGUAAUGUGUGACAUGUUUCAUGACUCAUUUGUUCGCUACUGGAUGAUAUCUCCUCAUACUCAAGAAAUAUUCUUUUACAGCGAUGAGGAUAUCGUUCCAGGAAAAUCAGAGGCUGGGGGAAUUCUUCCUGAAAAUGAAGGAGAUAGUUCUCUCCAGACUCUCAUUGAACAUAGCUACUCGAAUAUGAAACUCAGAAGAAUGCACUGUGAGGACAGGUCAGCGGCGGUACUAGAAAGUGAAGACAAGAGCCCGAUUGGUAUUCAGGAGCCUAGAUGGGUGUGUGAAGACCAGGAAGACGAAAAUCCACUUCAGGAGUUAUACGAGAGAAUUGUUGUUCCAAUACAGAAAAAYCUCAUCCAAGAUGAGAUUGUCAUCAUUCCUGAUGGGUCGUUGUAUAUGGUUCCAUUUUCCGCUCUUCAGGAUUCCAGUGGCAAUUUUUUAUCGGAGUCGAAGUGCAUUCGUCUAGCCCCAUCCUUGACGACCCUGAAAAUUCUUCAAGACUCCUCUGAAGAGCACUAUGCCAAGUCAGGAGCUCUGAUCGUCGGAAAUCCAGAAAUUCCCAAAGUCAAGUAUAAAGGCAAAACGCGAUCGUUUCCAGCUUUACCAUGUGCAGAGAAUGAAGCUAUUGAAAUCGCAAACCUCCUCGGGGUAGAGCCACUGACGAGAAAACAAGCUACCAAAGAAGCUGUGUUACAAAAUGUACAAUCUGGAGUGUCAGUUAUACACAUUGCAGCUCAUGGAAGCGUAGAUGGAAAGAUUUUUCUUGCUCCUUCCGAGUCUGUAGAGACGGGCUGCAUACCAGAAGAACAAAACUACGUCUUGACUAUCAAAGAAGCGCAAGAAAGGGGAAUCAGUGCUCAACUCGUUGUACUAAGCUGCUGCCAUAGUGGAAGAGGGGAGAUAAAGGCAGAGGGAGUCGUUGGAAUGACUCGAGCAUUCCUUGCUGCAGGAGCUCGUGCUGUUGUUGCAUCAUUGUGGGCAAUUGAUGAUCAAGCUACUAUGCACUUUAUGAAGAAAUUCUACUCACAUCUCAAGAAAGGAACGAGUGCUAGUAGGAGUCUACAGCAAGCCAUGAAGGAGAUGAGAGAAACAGAGAAAUACAAGGAGCCAAUGUACUGGGCUGGAUUCUUUCUUAUUGGAGAUGAUGUGAUCAUCACCUCAUUAGUGAAGGAAUAGAGAGGAUUUCGUAUGAGUUGUAAACGGACGGUACUUUACAGUGACCGUAAUCGUACUGUAACCUAAUUCUAGUGCCCCAUUGGUUCACAAAAAUUGUGCAGGCCAGGUCCGGUAGCUGUGCGGUAACCAUGCGGUAAUUUCUUCCGUACGUUUCCCACUCAUGCGAAAUUGACUUUAUUAGAACAAAAACCGGCGUAGGGUUUCAUUGAUGUACAUCUAAAAAAUUAGAUUUGCUGACUUUCCGUAGUAUAUUUCUGGCAAUCGAACCAACUAUCAAUGCAUGUCUUUUCCUGAUAAAAGAAGUGACAGGUGAUUAAUAGCCGAGUAGUCAAACACAAAGGAAUCAGGGAGGCUCCGUGCAUAAAGCUCAGUCACUCRUGAAAACAUAAUAGUUUUUUCAAAACUGAGCUUCACGCACGGCGCCUCGUCUUGAUUCUUUUGUGUUUGACUACUAAGGCGAAAUUUGCAAAUCGGCUAAUCGAUUACUAAAGCCCAUUUUUCCUUUCUGAAAUGCACAAACGCAAUCUUUUAAGCUGUCACUUAACUGCUUGUGUAUAUAUCCAUUACUUUCACCGAAAUACCAUAUCGGUUGUUAGCGCCAUAGCGCCAACMGUGUUUUUUGUUUGUUUUUCGCUUUGUUUCGUUAAGUAGUGUCCGCCAUUGUAUUCGUUAGUCUAAGUCAACGUUCGUUUAUUUCCUUUGUUUCUUAUAUGUUCCAUGCAAAUUUUGUUCAGUUUAAGCGCUCGUUUUGAAUAUUUUAAUUAGUGUUGCCAUAUCGUAGUAUCGAGUAUAUCGCACAGUUUGUUURUAAGUAUUUUCAUUUUUUUCCUUGUCUUUAAUAUCGUUUUUCAUGUUAUAUAGUAUAGUUAAUUGUAUUUGUAAAUUUAUUACUUAUGAACCUUGCUUGUUUGUAAGCGUUUCGACAAUGUGCUUGUAAAUAAAUACUUGAUCCGUAAAAUUUAUUGGUAUGGYGACCUCAUCGGUCAUUUGUUUUUCGACUCAUAAUUUUGACUUUUUUUUAAAAAAUUGACUAUGUUUGUUUUUCAUGCAAGUAAUUAGUGAUUUCGCACUAAUGUAYUAAUUAACAUAAGUACUAUUUUCACAAAAACUCCAUUCUAAAAAAAAUACGUUUUAUUUCCCUAAAAAUUGGAGGAUCUUUUUAUCUAUGCAUGGGAUCCAAUCUGGCAAAGUUUUAACAAUCUUUUUGCAGCUGAAGUCCUUUUUCGACUGUUUAAUUUGCCAUGUCAUUCACUGUUCCAAGACUUUCGGCUCUAAGGAAUUUCAUAAAACUUGACUCGAUUGUAAUAUAAAUUGAUCCAAUGUUUUUGGAUCAAAAUAAAAAAAUGACUGAUUUUCUGAAAAUAUGUUUUUUUGAAAACAGUAGGCAUGUGUUGAUUAGAUUGCUUGAAUGAUUUACAAUUAAAUUAGGUAAAUGAUUGCUUUAGAGGUUGGUCAAGUUUCAAGGUCAAUUGCUUGAAAAAAGAAAAAAAUAAAUAAAUUGAACAACAAUGUGGACUUCUUUUGUGUACUAGUUGUCUGCUCCACAUAAAAACUUUCUAUAAUCGAAGAAGGAGCUCAUCAAAUCAAUUUUAUUUCUUGGUUGUAAAGCUUGCAAACUCGCUUUUUCAUGCAUUUUAAAAACAUUAAACGUUUUAUAAGCAUUUCAUACAUUUUACAUCAUUUUGCUCAGAUGCUUGAUCGAUGAUGACAUAAAACCUAAAUAAACGAAAUUCAAGAUGGCGUAUCAAAGGUAACAAAAUAGCGGAUAAUCUGUUGAAAAUGGUUUGCCAAAGCUUGUAAAACCCUCUUAGGCCGAUCGCUUGUGUUGUCAAAAAGACAAGACUUGAAGUGUCUUCGCAAUAGUCUAUAGUCGGAUAAUGACAUUUGUCCCUGUACUUUCAUUACGAAUAAUUGAAGCACAACGUUUCAACAUCCAUUAUUCGUCGAUCUGUAUCUACAUGUUUUAUGUGUGACUUUAUUGCUAUAGUUCAGCUGUCUUGAGAACUAAUUUGUUACACUUGUUAAGGUUGGAAGUGGAAAUGAGUAAUAAUAAAUUUGGAAAACAAAAUUGAU